AUGGAUUCUACGUACAAGAAGGCGAGAGAUCUCUUCGAUGAAGGAAAGACGGUGGAGGCGCUGAAAGUGAUCGAAGAAACCGCUUCUACUUCCGUCGUCUUCGUAGUCCAAGAGAAGGAGAAGCUGGAUUACAUGGAAGCAGAGAUCUUUGAAGGAUUAGGUCAAUCAUCAUCAGGUGAUUUGAAAAUCUCGUAUCUUCUUGCAUGUGCGGAAUGUUUAUCUCGUAUCGGUACGUGUCCUGAACGUUUGGAUAAGAUUCUUUUGGAAUUGGAAGAGCAAAUAGGGUCAAGUUUACACUACAAGAAGCCUCCUCUAGUACUUAGAGGUUCAAACCAAAACAAUCUUGUGAACUACUACUGGCCACUUUUUACGCUGGAUUUCAAAAGGAAACUUAUGAGAGUUAAGGUGGAUGACUUCAUGAACUAUGUGCAAUCCAGCAGUGGUUUAGUAGGCCUUGCUUCUCUGGUAAAGGUCUUCAAGAGUGUUAGAAAAGACAAGUUUUGGUCCACUUGGCUGUGUCGAAGUUGUGACAGGAAGUUCUCUACUCGUGAAGAUGUUAAGGAUCAUAUCCAACGUCAUGCUGCAGACUUUCCGAGAGAGCAUAUGCCAAACCUGAUUAGUGAUGUAUGGGUUGCUAGAAUACGCUCUGGAUGUUGGGAACCAGUGGAUGUUGUAGAUGCUGUUCACAUGAUCAAGAACCGGUUUGGAGAUGUGAAAGCGUUUGAAUAUGAGUGUGGAUGGUGCAAAGAAUGGCCUUUAGCUAACGAUGAAGAGCGCACUAGGUUGCUCAAACAAAUCCAAUCGCUUCUACUGUCCUUCAUUGGACACAAACUUCUUUCAGAUAGCGUCCUAAACAUGCUGAAGCAUCUCGUGUUGAACAAGCUGGAAAAGCUUCAGGUUUCGAGCCAGGCGCUUACUGAUUGCGGCCUAGUGGAUACACCACAGAGUUUUUGCUUUCUCGAGUUUGAUGAACUUGGCCGUGUACUUGCAUUUCUGCAAAAGAUAAAGCUUAAGAGUGAUGAUGGUACAGAGAUGGUUUGUAGAGAAGUGGACUUUUGCACUCAGAGUGAUCGAGUUAACGAGAGGUUGGACUUCAACUCUGAUUUUUCAUUUUUGCUAUUGGACAAGAGGCUGUUGAGAGGCGAGGUUGAAACCUUUGACGAUGAAGGCAAAGUUAAGUUUUAUGAUCCCAGUGUCCACUACGCCAGUGUUGUUCCUCGUGGUGACUAUCUACUGACUUGGUUAAACAACCGCUUCGGAAGAUUAGAAGAUGAACGCUUUGUGUUUCCAAAACCUGUCAGUACACGGAGAUUUGAGCUUUGGUUGGCUGCUUUGAGAGCCUACCAAUUCAUAUGCAGGAAUUUGGGAGCUGAAUAUGGAAAGAAACUGCAGUUAAUAGAAUGUGUUGAUGUACUUACUCGGGCAAGGGAUCAACUUGCAAUUCUAUCACAGUGUCCAGAGAUAAGUGUAAGGAGGAACAAUUUUGCGGUUCUUGAAGUCAUCAAAGGAUUAAGUUCAUUUGGUGUAGCAUGUGGUGUUGUUAUGAGUGAAGAAAUGCCUGAUGAGGAUGAUGCAGAGUACUUACAUAUUCUUCAAUCGGUGGUCAACGAGAAGAUUGUACUAACAGAUUCAACGAUUAUUCUGUAUGAGAGAUCAAGGAUCAACCUGAUAAACCAACUCACCGGACUUGCUUCUUUUGACUACCGCACAUAUAUUCAACGUCCAUUGAAACAAUAUCUACUAGUGACUCUGAACAGAGAGGUGGCUUCAUGGAACCAGGAGAUUUCACCUGGCAAACAGCCACUUGACUGGAUGAAAAUAGCUGCAGGUGCUGCAAAAGGGUUGAAGUGCUCCAAUAUUUUGCUCGGAGAUGACUACUCUCAGAAGCUAUCUGACUUUGGUUUGGCUAAACUUGGCUCGGUGGGUGACAAGUCUCAUGUGUCCACUCGGGUUAUGGGAACAUACGGAUAUUGUGCUCCUGAAUAUGCAAUGAGAGGCCAAGUUAACACUCAAAUCUGA